UUGUUUCCGCCCUGCCAGGUGGCCUAAUUUAACCCUCCCCCCCGCUCCAGUGUGCGCUCGCUGCCCAUCAUGCAUAGUUGUGUCCUCGUUGUGGUAUAGCCAUCCGACCCUGUUCGUGCCCGGACACGCGCAGAGCUCAGCCAGCGGCAGCAGUGCAGCGCAGCGCCAUCGCCGUUGAUGGAGGGCGGGCGUCCGACCUCCGUGCUUCUCUUGCUGGUGCUGCUGGCGGCGCCGCUCGUGGUGGCGUCGGCUGGCCCCUCGUCGCCGGCGGCGUUCCUGGAGGACGACGUGGUCCUCGGCGCCGUGGCGAGGCUGGGCAAGGGCGCCAACGCCAGCGGGCGGGGCGGCCCCAUCUGCGACAACGUCGACGUCGCCAUCUCCGCCGUCGUCGGCGGGUCGUCGCGCGAGCGCGGCGCGUCCGGGUGGAAGGAGGAGAUCGCGGGGCUGGCGGGGCGGCCGGAGAUGGCGGCGUGGCUGCGGCGGGUGCGGCGCCGGAUCCACGAGCGGCCCGAGCUGGCGUACGAGGAGGUGGAGACGAGCCGGCUGGUCCGCGAGGAGCUGGACGGCAUGGGCGUCGGCUUCCGGUACCCGCUGGCGCGCACCGGCGUCGUCGCCACCAUCGGCACCGGCCGGCCGCCCGUCGUCGCGCUCCGGGCCGACAUGGACGCGCUGCCCAUCCAGGAGGCGGUGGAGUGGGAGCACAAGAGCAAGAACCCCGGGAAGAUGCACGCGUGCGGCCACGACGCGCACGUCGCCAUGCUGCUCGGCGCCGCCAGCAUCCUCAAGGCCCGCGAGCGCCACCUCAAGGGUACGGUGAAGCUGCUGUUCCAGCCGGCGGAGGAGUCCGGCGCGGGCGCGAAGCGGAUGAUCGAGGACGGCGCGCUGGAGGGCGUGGAGGCCAUCUUCGCCGUCCAUGUGUCGCACCAGCACCCGACGUCCGUGGUCGGCUCCCGGACGGGGCCGCUGCUCGCCGGCUGCGGCUUCUUCAAGGCCCAGAUACUCGCCCGCCGCGCCGGCGCCGACCCGGUCCUGGCCGCCUCGUCCACCAUCAUCAGCCUGCAGAGCCUCGUGUCUCGGGAGGCGGACCCGCUGGACUCGCAGGUGGUGUCCGUCGCCAUGGUCAACGGCAGCUUCAGCCACGGCGGCGACCAGGCGGCGCCGUUGGUGCUAGGCGGCACGUUCCGGGCCUUCUCGAACGCGAGCUUCUACACGCUGCGGCGGCGGAUCGAGGAGGUGAUGACGCUGCAGCCGCGGGUGCACGGCUGCGAGGCCUCCGUCGACUUCUUCGAGAACCAGAGCUUCUACCCGCCGACGGUGAACCACCCGCGCAUGUACGCCCACGUCAAGGCGACGGCGCGCGCGCUCCUGGGCGAGGGAGGCUACCGCGACGUGCCGCCGAUGAUGGGCGCCGAGGACUUCUCCUUCUACUCCCAGGCCGUCCCCGCCGGGUUCUACUACGUGGGCGUGCGCAACGAGACGCUCGGGUCCGUGCACACGGGCCACUCGCCCUACUUCAUGAUCGACGAGGACGUGCUCCCCACCGGCGCCGCAGUCCACGCCGCCGUCGCCGAGAGGUACCUCGCCGGCGGCGCCGAGCAGCACUCCGACCAGCGUUCGCCGGAACAGGAGCUGUGAACUCGUGAUCGACCGACCGGGUCCGGCUCUGUUGGAACUGAUCGAUCGACCGGCGUUGCGGCUGUGGGCUGAGAUCCGCGAGGGCGCCGGGAUCGACCACGUCUCGUGCGCGCGGAAACGUACUGUUGUGGUUUUUCGGCCGAUCACACCGUGGUCUGGGCAGUUGUUUUUCUCCGUGCUCGUGUUGGCGUUUUUUUUUUUUGAGGGUUUGUGUUGGCGUUGUUCAUACGCGGUCUCAGUUUGGUUCCUGGGGUUUGUGGCCGUGACGCGACGGCGGGAAAACAUCCAUACCUGCGAUGAGUAAUUCGGAACAGAGGGAGCACGUAACUUGGCCACCGUCUUUUGGCCCUGACACAUGGAGAUAUCCUAGACCUGGAGAUUGAGAAGUACUGCCAAAUAUGUGUGUGUUUAAGGGCAAUGCAUCUCUAUUUCUAAUGAAGAAGUUGGUAGCCUAGUACGGAUUAUUUUUUCUGGUUUUUAUCCGUCA